AUGAAAUUCCCCAUGAUGAUGCGCAUCACCCGCGCUCUCGCAAAGGCCAACCCAGCAAUUGCUCUCCUCACACUCAUGGCAUUCCAUCUGACGACCGCUCACGCAAUCCCCGUUCCGCAAACCAGCCCCUCCACCAGCACGCCCACCAUACCUACCAACAAAGCCACCUGUACGACCUCAUACCGCAGCGAAGGACACGGCGCUGGGCUCUUCUACGCCGUACAAAUCGGUCGUCCAUACAUCGAAGGUCGUGGAUGCCCGUCGAUCAAGGCUUUACUUUCGGAGAAGGCGAUUGUUGUGGAAUUCAAAUGCAUCGACGACGGACUUGGGCAGACGAAUUUGACGUUCGGCACUCCGGCGGACCGAAAGACGAAUGAGAAGGUCAUUCAGGCUUUGCAGAAGGCAUAUCCGAUGGUUCCGUUUGAGGAGAAUGGGAUCUGUAAUAUUUCCGAUGCUACUCUCCUCCGACGAGGUUACGUUGAUUCUCAGACCAGCAGCGGUGCCAACGCUACUCCGCUACCGGAGCCAUCGCCCGAUGACAAGAAGGACGCAACACUCGGCCGCUCCACUCUCACAUCGAUCUCGAAGCGCUCCACCCUCCAGCAAGGAACCUCCUGGUGCACCCGCCGCCCAGGCUGGUUCAGCAACAAAGCCAUCUUCGAAAUCCACAUCGGCACAGCCUACCACGCCGGCUCAGAUUCCGCCACCAUCAAAGCACACAUUUCCGAGAAAAUGACCAUCGACGACAUCAGCUUCUCCCCGAAGGGCUCUGAAGCUUCGAAUACCAAACUCAUCCUCGAGAUCUCAGAUAUUGACGACGCAAACCUCUCCCACCUCAACGCCGCUCUGGGGAAUGCAUACCCGGGCAUCCUCUUCACCUGUGAUCCCGACGAGGCCGACGAGACGGUUUUCAAACGCACCAGCAGUAUCUCUAUCUCUCCCCGCAGCUCUCCAGUGGCGCGGAAUACAUCCCACUGCGGCAAGAAAUGGCAGCCUUACUUCUCCAACGGUGAGCAAAAGAAGCUGCUCGUAACCGUCGGCCGACCAUUUCUCGGUGGAAUCCGCUGCGCGGACGUCGCAGAUCUCAUCGGGACGAAAUUCGCGCUGGAUGACCUGUGGUGCGAGGGCUCCUCGCGGGGGGAUAUGAAUACGCGGCUUUGGGUCUUUGCGGGUGUAAAGACGAAGGAUUUCGGUGGGAUUAAUGAGGGGUUGCGGGCGGCGUAUCCGAUGGUCGAGGGGUUUGGGUGUCCGACUUCGUGA